ACUCUCCUUCAGAUAUAAAUAGGAGCUGGAUUUUUUUACUCCACUCAGUUCUCCUGAAGGAUGAGAUCCCUGAAACACCUCAAACAUCACACCAGGAACAAUGUGGAGGAGAGUGGCCGUCUGGUGCGGUGCUACCCCAAGGUGACGGAGGGCCAGAUGGAUGCCGGGACACAGACUGACCCUGUGGUGGUGCUGUCUCUGGCCCAGGCUGCUGUCCUGGGCCUCAUCUCCCAGAAUGAGAUCUUCGGAGCCACCAUCGCCCCCAAUGGUUUCUACAUGGGUGAGCCCAGGGAGCACGGCCGGACCCCCCCACCUCCGGAGGGCGUGGAGUAUGAGUACGCUGACCAGCUGAUCGGAGCCAACGGAGACUACCUGGCUGAGCCCGCGGGGCAGACGGAGCCCCACGGCAGUGAGAGGAGGCGCCCAGGUCCCAGAGGGAGGACCAGGAGGCCCAGGAGUGAAGGAGGUGCGCCAGGGGAGCCCCCUCACAGAGUCCCCAGCGUACAGGCUCAGGUGAAAGGGGAGCGGACAGAGACUGACACCCCUCCCUCCUGCAUCCACAUGGUGAAGAGCCACAGCAGCCCAGGCAAGACAGAGGAGCCAGCCACUCACAGGGGGCACCUGAAAGAGGAGCAGAGCUGUGCUAACUGCCCGGUGUGUGUGAGGGCGACGUCCAGCCAGGCCCAGGCAGGCACGCGUCCAGACCAGGGCACAGAGGAGAGGAGCGAGAGAGGAGGAGAGAGGCAAGAAGAGGAGCUCGCCGAGGAGGACGGGGUGUUGAACCUUAAGACUGGGGGAAACCGGUCGGACAGUACCAGUCCCGUCGCGAACCGUUACUUCGAGUCCAGCGAGGUGGCCUACGAGUCUGCCGACACGGCCGCCGGGGAGUACGAGGACAGCGGCCAAGGCAUGCUGUGGGCCGCCGACGCGGAGGGCAUAGCCAGGCGCAUGCAGAUCGACCGGCUGGACAUCAACGUGCAGAUCGACGAGUCCUACUGCGUGGACGUGGGCGAGGGCCUGAAGAGGUGGAAGUGCCGCAUGUGUGAGAAGUCCUACACCUCCAAGUACAACCUGGUCACGCACAUCCUGGGCCACAACGGCAUCAAGCCCCACGAGUGCCUGCACUGCGGCAAGCUGUUCAAGCAGCCCAGCCACCUCCAGACCCACCUGCUCACCCACCAGGGCACGCGGCCCCACAAGUGCACCGUCUGCAAAAAGGCCUUCACGCAGACCAGCCACCUGAAGAGGCACAUGCUGCAGCACUCGGACGUCAAGCCCUACAGCUGCCGUUUCUGCGGCCGGGGCUUCGCCUACCCGAGCGAGCUCCGGUCGCACGAGAACAAGCACGAGAACGGCCACUGCCACGUGUGCUCCCAGUGCGGCAUGGAGUUCCCCACCUACGCCCACCUGAAGCGCCACCAGACCAGCCACCAGGGCCCCACCACCUACCAGUGCACCGAGUGCAACAAGUCCUUCGCGUACCGCAGCCAGCUGCAGAACCACCUCAUGAAGCACCAGAACGUAAGGCCCUUCGUCUGCCCCGAGUGUGGCAUGGAGUUUGUCCAGAUCCACCACCUCAAGCAGCAUGCCCUCACUCACAAGGGUAUGAAGGAAUUCAAAUGUGACGUGUGUGCCCGGGAGUUCACCCUCUCUGCCAACCUCAAAAGGCACAUGCUGAUCCACGCCAGCAUUAGGCCCUUUCAGUGUCACGUCUGCUUCAAGACCUUCGUCCAGAAGCAGACCCUCAAAACGCACAUGAUUGUACACCUGCCUGUCAAGCCUUUCAAGUGCAAGGUGUGUGGCAAGUCUUUCAACAGAAUGUACAACCUGCUGGGGCACAUGCACCUCCACGCCGGCAGCAAGCCCUUCAAGUGUCCUUACUGCUCCAGCAAGUUCAACCUGAAGGGCAAUUUGAGCCGACACAUGAAGGUCAAACAUGGCAUACUGGAGGCUUCGCCAGAUGGACAAGAAGCCCCCCCUGACAUAGAGGGCCAGGAGGACUACGACGAAGAGAACUUUGAAUUCAGUGAACGAGAAAACCUGGCCAGUAACAACACACCAGACAUCGCUAAACUGUCUGAAAUGGAGUAUUAUAGCAGCUACUCCAAGGGUGCAGGGAGCUACAACACUGCAUGAAUGAUUAAAAAAGAGCCCACAUGGAGUAGAAGUGUAAACUAAAUGGGAGUUAGUGCCGCUUGCAGCUGAAGGUCCUGCAAUGAGCUUUUACUCUCUUUAACGGCAUGAUUUAAAGUGGUGGAAUCUGCCCAUUUGUAUGCACUGGAAUCUCAGUUCUCUUGCUCUGAUAUUCUUCAGGAGUCAGAGACGGGUCAUUUGGGAUUGUACAUUUCUCAUUGGCCCUUCUGUUUUGUACUGAAGCGAGACUUCACCUCUAGGUGCCACAACAUUGUGAUUGAUAAAUGUGGUGUUCAUGUGAAAAGGGGGUCAUAUCUGAAAAUACAUCUAUUCUAAACCUCUGGGAGAGUCAUACUCAACAUCCAUUCCCAGAGGUGGCCUCACUCUGGAAGCACACACUGUAGGAAAACAAACAUAUAGUACAGACGUGAUCAUGAAAUUAACUUCCACAUUUACAAUCCCAGAAAUGUCUGUGCAGGUACAUCAAAAUAUGGCUGAGCGUUAUUGCUGUGAUUACCAAGUAAAGCAAUGAAUACAUGCCAGUCAAAUGAUUGUCCUGUCUAUGUUACUUACCAAAGCUGAUACUGUUCAAGCAGUUCUCUUAACAUUUGGUUACCAAGUAAUUUUUCUUGUUUCAUUUCUGUAAAAAAAUUAUACUGUGAGUAGUUUCAAAUACAGUUCUAGGUUUCCAAACCAGUUUAGAAAAUCGGUUUAUUUUUUGUUUUAUUUUAAUUGCACAAAAAAUAAUUUGCCCAUUCACACUCCUGAGUCAGCUGGUUCUGCUUAUGCCAUCACUUUGUGGCCCCAUGGGACAAGCCUGAUUUGAUGUUCCUGCAUUGGCAGACAUUAUUUUUGUUAUUGAUCCCUGGUACCAAAGAAUCGGACCAAUGUUUAGCAAUUUUUCAAACACUUAAACAGAAGUUUAGUGGCACCCUCUCUGCGCUUAUUCGAGCUGGGACAUUCAAUUUCACAUGGCAGACUUAAUGUAAUUACAUGUUGGGCGUUUUCCUCCCCCUGGUAGAUUUCUCCAAAAGAUUACAAUAAAGAACACACUACUGCGGUUUCCUUUUCAGGAUACUUCACAAUUUAUGCAGCAUGCAAGCCUUCAUAGACUGAAACAUUUCUCAAAAGCAAGCGCAGCUCCUGCAUACUCACAGCGGUUUUAGUUUUCAUGGAUGAAUCUCAACAGGAACUGUCCUAAAAACUUUCGACAGAAAUAUUAAGUGCCCCUGUGUGUCUCCAGGAGUGUGCCAUCCAUCAUGCUGUACACUGGUCUGAAGUGAUGAACGACAACCUCCCAACAUGUGACAGGGCCACAAACCCAGCAGAAAAUGAUUUGGGGAAAUUCACUAUAUAUUGUUUCCCUGUGCUUAGCUUUACAAACAUAUUACCUGCAAACUAGGUAUCCAUACACAAUGUUGUUCUAGUGUGUUUAAUAUACAAAAUGCUCAUUUCUGUCUGUGGGGGGUGGGGGGAUGGCAUCUAGCUACAGUGAUGAAAUGGGGAAAACAUAAGAUCUGGAACUUGAAUGGCUUUCUGUGUUACACAUUGAUGUGGAAAUAUGCUGUUGAUAGAAAUGUAAAAUGUUGUGUACCAGACAAUACUGUAAAAUAAUAAAUUUAUUUACCUUUAA